GAGGUGAUGGAGGUUCAGGGAGGAGACCAGAAGAUUGCUGCGGCUAUCACAGAGUUCUACACCACGUCAUUCGGCAAUUCCCUAAAAGACUGGCUGGAAUCUAUUGAAGAUUUUCCCAAAGCUUUCGAGUUCAGGAUGCUUCCGAUCACCGACCUUCUGGAUAUGAACUAUGAAUCCUUUUUUCCGCAUGGAGUAGUGGACCUGGGCUGCUUCGGAAGGAAAACCUUGUCUGAAGACGGAAAUGGUCGCAAGUAUUACGUGGAAGAAACGACUGACGGUAACGUUACUACGUCAGAAAUCCGCUACUGCGACUUUGAAGAGAAAGAUGACCUUAUCACUGCUUUCACCGAGAAACGACUGGCGCUCAAGCGCGCUACUGCUGUGUAUCUAGAGGAGGGUCCCUUUCUCAGCUCUGACUUCCUAAUCCCUGCGGGAGAGGCCGGAUGUGAGACUGCGGAGUUGGCUGUCCUCGAGGAGUCUAAUGCCGGAGCGCCAAGCUGGCAGGAGAUGAUGAGCGGACAGGAGUUCAAAGUCGUUUUCAUCUUGCCGUAUAACAUCCCAAAUUUCCUGUUAGCCAGGACCGUUCUUAACUUAAAGUACAGGUCUAGAUCGCAUAGCUGGCUGACCAUCAGGCCGGGAAAGACCCCGCAUGAGUUUGACGGACACAAUAAUGGUGACAGCGGUGACAUCUCUCAGCAUAAGGUUAGUGUUGGUGGUCUUGUCAUGACGUACGAAGAGAACACGGGUACUUUUACCGUGACGCAAGACGACUUCGAUGCGUCAUCGGCGGUCAUCCCGAACCUGCCUGCCUGGGUCAACGGCAUGGUGGUGGCCAGGGCAGAGUACAAGUCUGUUCUGGAACAACUGAGUAACCAGCAAAGUUCCACUGAAGGACAGAUGCCCUGCAACCUGCAAUGGUCUAACGCACACCGCAUCGACCCGACCGACGGAGGAAAGUGCAUCCACUUCACGGCAGCAUCAAAGGGCGACAUUUUUGUGGUGUUCUCUGGUGUUCCUGAAGAUCAUGAAACCUGGGUCACCGUAGAAAUUUCUACCAGCGGGGUAGCAAUGUAUAAGGCUUUGCGCUUGGCGGUUACACAGCUUGACAAAGGAUCCAAAGGCCUUGGGUCGGACACGCUCUACCAGUCGUACUUCAUCUGCAUCGAGGAGGACUUGGACCAGUCAACAACAACGGUGCAAUUCGGGAAAACACCAGACAACGAGGACCGCGGUCAUGUCUGGCUGGACUACCAGUUCCACGAUGUCCUGUCUCUGCACUUUUACGCGUUCGGCAGCGGCGAGCACGCUGUGAAGAUGAUGGGAGUGUCUCAGACAUUCAAACCCACGGACCUGAACAUCGUCUGCCGUGAGGGAACAGUCAAAGAGGGGGACAGAUGUGUGCAAGUGUGCCACGCCGAGUGUGACGGCUGUAGAACGACUGGAUCUGACAGCCCACGUGACUGCAUCGGGUGUCAGAACUUGCGAAUCUCCUACCCGUACCUCGCUGGCUCCGUCGGUAAUUUCGAGUGUGUGUCGGCCUGCCCACCACACAUGGUCCAGUCUUCUGGGUUAAACGACUGUCAUUGUAUAAAGAGAAUGGAGGAACCCGCUGUUGACGGCACGGUGACGUGUGUGACAUCCUGUCCCCUCACCCACUUUGACGACGACGGCGUGUGCAAAAGAUGCAGCAGUCUUUGUACCGACGUGAGUGGAGACGGCCAGGCGGUGUGCACAGGGCCUGCUGCCGAACAGUGCACGGUGUGUGUCUACACGGCAGCAGACGGAAGCUGCUUGGAAGGAUGUAGCCCUGGACAGAAGGCCGUAACCGGAUCUACAACCGGAUCAUCUACAACAGUUACUAGUGGUGGCAAUGUCGCCCUGGGGAAGACAGCGUACCAGACAAGCACCCGGGAUGAAGGCGGGGCUGCAAGCCGUGCCGUAGACGGGAACACCGAUGGCAACUUCAAUGCUGGUUCCUGUACACACACUGUAAGCGGAGGAGAGACUAAUCCAACCUGGUGGGUGGAUCUCGGUCAAUCGUAUGCGGUUGAUAGCGUGGUCAUCUUCAACCGCAUGGACGCUGCUUCAAAUUCGGAGCGACUCAACCCCUUCAACAUCCACAUCGGGGAUUCCGACCAGGUCAGCACGAACCCCAUGUGUGGAGGUAAUCAUCGAAUCGACGUGAGCCAGCCGUCCAUUUCCGUCUCCUGUCAGGGGAUGAACGGACGCUAUGUGGGCGUCCGUCUUCCCGGAGCCUCCCGAAUACUGAGUCUGUGUGAAGUCCAAGUAUUUACGGAAACGUGCGGAGUAGCAGCGUUUCGCCACGUGCCUCGGACUGGUUGUGGAGGUUCAGACAUAUCCGUUACCCUUGAUGUUACCCUAGAUUACUGCGCUGAAGCUUGCUGUGCCGACGUUACAUGCCUGUCGUUUCAGCACGACAUACACAACAAAUGCAAACUGAAAAGUAAGGUCUGCUCAGAUGCGGAGAAAGUGCCUUCAGCAGAUGGCAACAUGUACGAUCGGAUAAAUCCUCCAGCAGAGACACCGCCGGAUGGUAGUGCAUCCGACACAAUUACCUGCGAGGCUUGCCAAGAUGGGUACAAGUGUGUGAAUGGAGAUGAGGUGGAGGAAAUCUGUCCUGCGGGGACUCGGAGCAGGUCUGACGGGACGUCGUGUGAUCAGUGUGCCGCUGGAGAGUUCAGCGAUGCGACCGGCUCUACAACCUGUGAGCAGUGCCCAGCUGGACAGUUCAACACACAGAGUGGAUCUUCCAGCUGCCAGCCCUGCCCAGCAGGAAAGUACAGCUCUUCCACAGGCUCAACCGAAUGCCAAGCCUGCCCGGCAGGAAGAUACAGCACUAGCGGCUCCACGGCCUGUACUCGCUGCCCGGCAGGACAAUAUAGCGCGAGCAGCGGCUCGUCAAGCUGUCAGAGCUGCCCGACUGGAGAGUACAGCUCCAGCAGUGGGUCUACCAGCUGUCAGAGCUGUCCAGCGGGACAGUACAACACACGUCAGGGGUCCACCAGCUGUCAGAGCUGUCCUGCUGGACAGUACAGCAGUUCCAGCGGUUCUACCGGCUGCCAGAUCUGCCAGGCUGGAUCUACCAGUAACGUUGGCGAGGCGGGAUGCACCGAUAUCAACGAAUGCCAGUCAAACCCCUGUCAGAAUGGCGGCACCUGUCAGAACAUGGUUGACCGUUACUCCUGCACCUGUAGUGAUUAUUUCGAGGGAGAUAACUGUGAAACAGCUGUCUACACUCACCUAGGGUGCUUCACACAAUCUGAUGGCACCACAGACGUCAUGGAUUCAUUGGAAAGCUAUUUUGGGACUGGCUACCAAAACCGCGACCGUGCCAUUUUGCGGUGUUACACGGCUGCCAAUGAGGCUGGCUUCAAUCUGUUUGCCCUAGAGGAUGGUGGCAUGUGCCGGGGAGCAAACGAUCAGAUUGGAAGGUACCGCGUGUUCGGGUCCUCCCAAAACUGUGGAAAUGACGGUAAAGGUGGAGAUAAUGCAAUUGAUGCUUACCUUAUCACUGGCGAAGCUACAUGGCUACCUAGGCGGACGUCAUGGAUUGUGGAGGAGACUUACUCACCGGAUUUUGGGGCCGAGCGCACACUUGAUGGCGACAUUGGAACUUACUGGAAUCCCCAGCAAACGAGAUACUACAACAACUGGUUCUUCACGAUGGAUCUCACGGUGCCACACACUCUAUCUCGCAUCCGCAUCACCAAUUAUCGAGACACCUUACACGAUGUCAAAGCCUUCAAGUUGCAAAAGUCGGAGGUUGGAAGUCCGUACAACUGGGAGGAUGUCACGUACGUUACUAACGUGCGGGGAGGGCAGGUCUUUCCUUUUCACCAGGAGUUCAGUAGUUUCCAGGGAACAGCGCGGUUCUGGAAGUUCCUGGUCACUGAGACCCACUCGGGGUGGCAGCCAUGGGUACAGGAGGUGGACUUCUACGGAUUCCCGUCUGGCUAGUCAGCUGCCUCCCAUUGCUGUCGUAAACUGCUGUCGUAAAGUGGAGAGUCGUGAAAACAUGGACUGGACACGGAAUGGAUUCUUUCUGCUGACUCGUUAUCUCAGGUUUAGAAAAAGCACCUUACCAGCUAACGUCAUGCCAGUAGAUUUCAUUUGGAUACUUAUUUAGCACACAAUGAUAAAGGGUAGAAUGAAAUUGCUCUGGACGAGUUGUAAAAAAAAAAACAUCAUAAGAACACAAUAUUGUAAACAUCCGCAGCACAUCGUAGGAAUGAUCAGAUGGUGUAUUUUCUACCCAUGAGAAAAUGAACAUUGAAGUGACCCCUCUGGUUUAGAUAUGCAAGUCAUCAUCUCAUCAAGUCGUAAUGAAAAAAAAAAUGUAUGCAUUUAUCAAUUAAAACAUCGUAUAGUUGGUAAAAGCAAGGACAGAGAUGGCAACAAAUAGUGAAUGUUGAAAACUGGAUUCUGAAACUGAAAAAAGCGCCUUGAUGAAGAUGAUGAUUGUUGUUUUAAAUCCGACGGGCCAUGCAACGGCAACUGCAGUGCAAUGUUGGGCAAUGCUAGGGUUACGUUUAGAAUCCGGGAGCCGGCCUGGCAGUUUUGGGGAACAAAAAUUAUGAUACACAAGACAACAAAAAGACAUGAUAAAGAGGGCAAGUCCCUAUAGUUUAAUCCAGUAUUGGAAGUAAAGUGUUAGCAAUUUCUUCUAUAAAAAGACAUGAAUUUUACCAAAAGUCAUUCAAGAUAAUUACUUGUGCAUCUAUUUAAAGGCACUUAAAUGUUUCCCUUCCGCAAACAGCCAGACCGGGCCCCAGUUGGAAAAUUUAACC